AAAGCAAGCCCCGCCUGGGAAUCCCGGCACCCGUUCCUGCUGCUAGGUGAGCGGCGAGCAUGGCGAGGACGCAGCUCCGGAGCCAGCACCUCCUCGUUUCCUCUGCGCUCGGGGCCCCUACGCUGGCUCGGCUGGUGCUGCCGCUGUUGUUGCCGCUGCUUCAGGCGCCGCCCCUUGGGGCCGAGGCUCAGUGCCCGUGCCACAACUCCGAACUGUGUCGUCCUAUCACCCACAAGCCCGACUUCGAGGUCUUUGUGUUUGAUGUUGGCCAUAAAACUUGGAAAUAUUAUGAUUGGUCACAGAUUACAACUGUGGCAUUUUUUGGAAAUUAUGACCCAGAACUUUUGUGCUAUGCUCAUUCAAAAGGAGCCAGAGCAGUGCUAAAAGGAGAUGUAUCUGUAAAGGAUAUUGUUAAUACUACUUUCAGAGCAUCUUGGAUAGCUCAACAAAUUAAGCAGGCCAAAACACAAUAUAUGGAUGGAAUUAAUCUAGACAUAGAGCAAGAGGUUGCCCUUUCAUCACCGGAAUAUUAUGCAUUAACUGCUUUAGUCAAAGAAACCACAGAAGCUUUCCAUCGUGAAAUUAAGGGAUCACAGGUAACCUUUGAUGUCUCUUGGUCUCCACACUGCGUAGCUCAAAGGUGCUAUAAUUAUACUGCAAUCGCAGAUGCUUGUGACUUUCUCUUUGUCAUGUCUUAUGAUGAACGAAGUCUGCCCUGGUCAAAAUGUAUUGCAGGAGCCAAUUCUCCCUAUACUCAGACAUUAACUGGAUAUGAUCAAUACAUCAAUAUCGGCAUUAACCCUAAGAAACUUGUAAUGGGUAUUCCUUGGUAUGGUUAUGAUUAUACCUGCAAAACUCUAUCAGAGCAUCAUGUUUGUACCACUGCAAAACCCCCUUGUAAAGAUGCUGUACACAGACAGGUACCCUAUCAAAUAAUUAUGAAGCAACUAAAUAAUUCUCAUUCUGGAAGCCUGUGGGAUGAAAAUCAGAAGUCUCCUUAUUAUCACUAUCAAGAUCAGGCUGGGAAUUGUCAUCAAGUGUGGUAUGAUAACCCUCGGAGCAUUUCUCUAAAGGCAGCCUAUGUACAAAGCCAUGGCUUGCUCGGCAUUGGCAUGUGGCAUGCAAGCUGUCUUGACUACUCUGGAAAUGCUUUAGCCAAACAGCAAACUGAAGAAAUGUGGAAAGCCUUAAAACCAAAGCUGUAACAGAGAUGAACUUUUGUCAAACUCGUAAGAUUGAGAAAAACAUGUUUAAAUAGAUGUAGUUUCUUGAAGAGAUUAAAAA